AUGGAUUCCAAGGGAAGUGCUCUACUCCUGGCUCUCAAUCUGCUAUCAUUCGCAAUGCUGAGCUCCGCAGCGGCACCGGCACCUUCUGGAAACGGCGUAUGUCCCGUAAAUACGCUUGACUUGACUGUGUGUCUGAACCUGGCGAAUGGUUUGGUUGAUAUUUCGUCACCCCCAGCCAGUCAAUGCUGCUCCCUCAUUGCGGACGUGGUCGAUCUUAACGUCAUCGUUCAGUGCCUUUGCAUUACCAUCAAAGCUGGCCCUGUCACUGUUAACGUCAAUGCUAACCUGAGUUCAAUUCUCAACAAUUGCAAGAUCGCCCACCCUAGUAAUCUCGUCUGCCCUUAA